AUCUUUGCGCAAAAGGCGCGCGCCUCUUAUGCAAAUCACUUCGGGAAGCUUCAUCUGUGACGUCACACAGGAUUAAUCAAUGACGUCACAAUACAAAUGUAUACAAUGUUUCCUCGGGGGGGAAGAAAUAUAAUGUUGCAUGACGACUGGCAGGCCGAUGAAAUGGCGCAAAGCAUGCGUUUAAUUUGCCGUAUAAUUCAGAAUACUGUUGCCUCGACAAUGGUCUUUUACACAAGCUAGAUACUUCGUUUUGAUCCUUGGAGAUUUACGCAAAGACGGGAGCGUUUUAGGUGCUGAAGUUAGUGCAAGAAAGCAUACGAUUUAAGGUCAAGAAUUCGUAGUUUUUUUUAUUAAUUCGUACACAAACAAUCACAGUUGCAGAAUAUUGACGGACAUCGAUCAAUCCAUCGUGACAGGACGAAUAAUCAAGAAUGUCCUCUCCUGAAGACUUUGUCAUCAAAAAACAGUGUACGCCAUUUUGCGAGCCUGUGUGUCAAUUUUCAGGCCGCCAUCACAAAAUCUUGGUUGCAGUUAUCAACUGUGUUGAUAACCAAGGUUACAACAAAUUUACCAAGACAAUUACAAAGUUUUUGAGGAAAGGUUGGAAUCUUAAUGAGAUCAUUGAUGACCCAGACCCGGAAUUCAGAUAUCCUCUGCUUCACUGGGCAACUGUGCUUGGGAAUAUUCUUGUGUUAGAAUGGUGCAUUGAAAAAGGAUUGGACCUUAACAAGAGGUGGGGACAAAGGAGUGAGACUGCUCUACAUCGACUCAUGGUGUGUGGUUACUCAGCACUACGAGAAAACUGUAAUAACUUACUCAAGACAUUUAAAAAAGUUGUCAAGCUACUAAAGGUACUUCUGUCGGCAAAGGACGACAACAAAGACCUCCCAUUGCAUGUGGCGGCGAAGAUCCUUGUUGAGCGACCGCUGUUAAAUGAUUCCCGCUUUGAGAGCACCUACACGCAAAUGCUGAAAAUAUUGAUUCAAGUGACUUGUGAACUGGAUGCAGAGUUGCUAAAUUGUCGAAAUAGGGAUGGGAACACGGCAUUGCAUUUGGUGGCACAGCAUGACAAAGGUGCUGAAAUUUUCAAGCUGUUAAUGGAAAGUGGUGCCGACUGUGACCUACCAAAUUCGGAUGGUUUGAAACCAAUUGAUGUUGCAAGAGAAAAGGAUGCGACCGACAUUAUUAGCCUGUUCUUGGAGAAGAGUCAGAAUGAAAAGAAUGAUUUUGGCCCAGAGGAAAUUGGAGAUAUUGAUUUAAUAUAUAUUGAGAGUGAUGAAGACUCUGAUAAGGUUAAUGAUGAGAAAGAUGAUGCAUAUAUACAGAAUUUGCUUGAACGAGUAAAACGGGAACCUGAUGAUGGUAUGGACGAUGGUAUGGUUGAUGGUAUGAAUGAUGGUAGCAUGGAAAACACAGACAAAGACAAAAAUGACCCAGACUGGAGUUUUGAUCCAAGUUUGAGUGCCUCAUCACAGGAUACUUUAUAUACUACUGAGGAAGAUAGCUAUGAUGUUUCCAUUGAGAGAUCAUCUACUUCUCCACUAAGUAAAUCAAAAUCACUAAAUAUAGGUUCUUCGUCAAAUGAAAUCUCUGAGAGCAAAACUAGGUCUUCAUUCUCGAAGAAAGACGCGCGGUCGCUUCGUACAGAGGAUGAACCUUCAUGCGAAUUGAAAAGAAAAUCAUCGGGUCAAGGGGCAUCUGGAAAGGAGCCUGAGAUGAAGAAAUCAAAAGCCGUAUCGCCAAAACUCGAGAUUCAAUUGGACAUGCCUAAAUUUAAUUCAUUAAAAAGAAAGAUAAAAGAAGCGACUGCACGCGGAGAGAAAGCAGACGAAAGCAGGAGCCCGCCUCCAAAUUUCACUACUCAGUUUGUUUCAGCUGGAGUUAAAAGGAAACUAUUGUCCGAAGCAUCGAGCAUGGACAGUAAUCAAAAUAACAUUGCUGGGACGGGACUCACAGUCGGUGGGAAAUCACGUGAAGAGGCUAAAGUUUCUCAGAAACGCUCGAUGACAACUAAAACCACCGAACAGCCCCUUCCAACCCCAAAUGUAUCACCUCUACCUCCAGAUGACGAUUAUUCUCAUUCCAAGAGUCUUGGUUCCAUGGAGGAAGAGAAUUCUCAGAGUUCCUUCAGCUCUUCAGCUGAGAUAGCGUCGGCUUGUAAAAGACUGCAGAAGAAACUUAGCAGCGGAAAUGUCAAAUUAAGACCGUUUUUCAACAUUCUAGAACCCGUUGAGACAACGGCGGAAGGACCAGUUGAUAGAUCCACCCCUAAUCCUGAUGUUGGUGAACCGGAUGCCACAGAGCAGCACAGAUCAUCAGCAUGUUCCGCAUCAAAUGAGACCCAGAAGUCCAAUCGUUCAACUCCCAGUCCUUAUGCAGCAGAACAGCAGAAGUCCAGGAAAAGUAUAGAAGAUGUCGUUACCAGUCUCCGAAAACGAAAGCGAGCCGGGACAAGCAACUCGUCAAGUCGUAGACAGUCUUCUGACAGCUCGUCAAGUGCAGAAAGCAGCUCAUUUUUGGACGUUGAAAAUGCUAAGCAAUCAGACAGCAUUGCAGCGCAGGAAGCAUUUAUAUAUUCACAUGGCGACCAGGUUUCUGCAAGUCCUUCAGAACAGCGCCUAACUGUUGAAUCCACAUCAAAUCCGCAGCAGAAAGCAUCCGAAAGUGUCAAGUCUAAAACAAAUGUAUCACAGAAUAUCACGGACAGUAAUAUUGUCGUGAAGAAAGAAAUCUUUGAAGGCGAGCAUGGCGGAGAAGGCUUGAAUCGUAGUUCAACAACUAGUCAAAUACAGAAAGCUGGAAGUGGCGAGGUACUGCCACAGAAUGAAAACCAAAGAGGUGCGUGUAGUGGUGAAGAUGAUGAUGGUGUCAGCGUUACAACAGAGGGGUCGGACAAACGACCAAGAAUUCCUCAAAAAGAUUCGCUGAUUCCAGGCAAAGUUUUCACCUCGAUAGGGAAGUCCAAUUCUAGUUCAGCUAAUGAUUCUCGCACAUCCAUGGACGAGCCUGAGACGACUGUUAGCAACAAUGAAUACCAGCCAGUAAAAUCAUUAACGGCUGUGGUGGAACAUCUCACUGAGAGAGUUAGUGCACCUGCCAGUGGAGAAACUGUUGCAAAUGAAGCAGACUACGAUCCUCUACACAGUGUGAUUGAUGAAAUCUGCGAAGAGGUGUAUGGUAUAUCAUCUGGACCACAGAGGAACAAAGAUAAACAAGGAGAGACUUCUCUGCAAAGUAAUGUCACCACAACACACAGGGAAGUGGUCGAACAGACCCGAGGACAUGCAUUGGCACCUACAGCUCAUCCAGCACCAGACCAAACGGCACAACUGAGCCAAACUCAGUUAAGCGAUGUGGAACGACAUAAUCAAGCUGAAAGUGACAUGAAUAUUAAAAUCAAACAGGAAGCAAGAGAGUUGGACUCCGACACUCAGAAGCAGAGAGAAUGCGCCACACGUACUCAUGACCAAGAAACAUUUGUUACGCAAACUACAGUAAACGCACGAGCAGUCAUUGAGUCACAAACUACAACACAAGGACAUGCAGUAUCCUCUACUGAGGAUAGAAUGUGUCUGACGAAAGCCUUACCAUCCCAAACACAAGGCAUCGUUUACAGCCCAACACAACAACAACAGUUGCAACAACUGUUGCAACAACAGUUGCAACAACUGUUGCGACAACAACAACGGCAACAACAACAGUUGCAACAACAACAACUGCAGCAGCAGAAGCAACAACAACAGUUGCAACAACAUUUGCAACGACAACAACAUCUACAACAGAUACAACAACAGCAAAGACAAACACUAGAUUCUGAGCAAAGCCGUUUACUAGCACAGCUUCCUAUACUAAGACCAGCAGCAACAAACGCACCACAACAUAUAACCCAAAACGCAACCAGACUUCAACAUUUUCGACCAGUACCUGUAACAAAGCCGGUUUGUAUACAAGUACCCAGGAACUUGUCACGGCAAACCCCAACAGGAAGCCAGAGACCUUCCGCUUUUCAACCUAGGACGCAGGAUAGUCGACAGAACACUGGCGUUGGCAUUGCAACCCAGAGUCUGACAAGACCAGUUGCAGCAAUUUCGACCACGGCUAACGCAACAACUCACAUGCCCAGACCGCAAACUCUGCCGACGCAUGCCCAGAAUGAUAACCAGCCGCUUACAUUCAUCGUUCCUAAUAGCCAAAACCCAAGCUCGUCCGUUCAAUCGUUUCUGGUGUUCCGUCCCGCCAACAAAUCGACGACAGUCCAGCAACCAACUCUCGAUCAACUGAGGAAUUUCAUACAGAGCAAAACACGGGAGCAAAUGGAGCCCAACGCAAUUGGACAGCAAUUGCAGAGGUUGCUACUGCCAAAGGCAAGAGAACAACAACUUCAUGGAUCAACGUCGUCUGCGGUUGGUAGCUCAAGCCUGAGCCAAGGCAACGCACAGACGAUUAACGGACGCGCAGUUACGACGCGUGUCAUUGGUCCGGACUUGGAGACAGCUAUGGCGAACAAGAUCACUAUAGACCCAACUGACAGAAAAGCCAUGAGUUCAGCUGCGCCAGUCAGCGCAGUUCCCACAGAACCUUCGGUCGCAUCGGAAACUUGCAAGACGACAACACUGUCAACACAGUCGAGCCAAACUUCACCUCAGGCAUCAACAAGCCCCAAUGUAGUGUACGUCCAAUCACAACAGCCGUUACAGCGAUUCUCCAGUGUGGACAACCAAUCAGAACCGCCGAUACAGCCCGAGAGUAGUAACGACAACCACAACAAUCCGGAUGAGUCUGAAGACGAAGGACUGGGGUUGAACGGUUUCUCUGAUGUGGACAACGCUAGGGAUAUGUUCAACGAUAUGGCAGGCGCUAAAAAGAUGCUGGACAAGCUCGCUUCUCUCGUACCCAAGGCGGACAUCUGUCAAUUGCUAGAGAAGGCGAAAAUUGAUCGCAAAGAGAGCAUUGAUCAGUGGACAAAUGAAUAUGAAGCCGCUGCACGAUGUGAAAGGCACAAAUUUUUGGAAUUUGAAAACCUUCGAGAAAAAAUAGAAAGAGAGCAAGAAAAUGCAAGGAAACUUUGCGAAAAUAUCAUGAAGUUGAAGAAACAGGCAGAAGAGGUGAGAAAAGAGAAAAACAAAGCGGCUGAGAAGAAAAAGUUGUAUCAAAAUAAAGUUGCGGAAGAAAACGAGAAGAUUCCGAUGAUCAGCAAAUGGUUGGUUAUGUUUGCAGACACAAAGGAGGAUGAUGGACCAGCAGAGUAGUGAUCAGAGAUGACCGAAAUUUGUCGUGAGAGGUCGUGGCAAUUCAUGCAUGUUUACAUAAUAAAAUAGGUGAACUGGUGUUGAAAACAUGACUUUGACAUCAGUACAGUUUGUGACUUGGUCUGCAUAACACACCAGUCACCACCAAUAUAUAGCACCAGAGACCUUUAUUAUAAUAGAUUGUUGAACGUCUUGUGUGAUACAAAGUUAUUUACAAAAUAUAUUUUUGUAUUUUUUGAAUGGGUUCCUCCAAAGUUGAGGGUUAUAAAUUUUAUAAAUUGUGUUAUAAACCUUGUGUGUUUAACUUUCAUAAUUAUAUAUUUCAAAAUAA